AUGCACACUCCCUACUCUUCCUGGAAGAGACUGUUAUCUUUCUUCAAUGGCUUCACGGCGAUAUCUGGUGUGAUCCUCAUUGGCCGGGGCAUCUAUGGCAGCUUCAGAGGGGCUGUCCUGACGAGGGUCCUCGCGCUGUCCUCCGCAUACCUCCUUCACGUUGGCUCCCUGUGCCCGGCAAUGAGCUGCCUCACGGGGCUGCUUGGCUUUGCCGGGUGGUCUGGAGCAACCAAAGGAAGCAGAGACACUCUCUUGUUUGUUCAAGAAGUGGCCUUGGAGCACGUCUUCGCGACCCUGAGGAAGAAUCUUAAUCACAGUGAGCCAGACGACUAUUCCGCAGAAUGGAACUUGGUCACGGGGACGCUAAAGUGCUGUGGGGCAAGGAACUACACAGGCUUUUCUGGGUCUUCCUUUGAAAUGACUGCUGGUCCCUCGGACCCCAGGGGCUGCAGCCCACAAGGGUGACACCAUCCACCAGGGGGUCACUCAAGAUUUUGUUGGACGGCACUUAGAUAGA